UACACUUUAACGUUGAAAGUAUAAAAUGUAGUGACCUGCGUGUAAAUACAAAUUUUGAAGGACGACAUUUUCUUCUCAACCCCUAAUGCAUCUUCGCUAUACUGGAUCAAAGGCACUGAUGUGAAUUUGCAAAAAUGGAUACUGGAAGUAAAGUUCCGAGCAGCAGCGGGCUAUGGCCAUGCAUCGGAAUAGCAACGCUUAACGCGUUUACAAAGUCAUGUGGGUUUGUUGGCAAUCCAUUGAAAAUUCCAGAACUGAAACCUCAAAAUCAGAACCGAUUGACAGGGGGCGGUCUGCAAGGCUCGGUACAAUCCACUCCUGUGUCGGACGGCGAGGAAAUAGAUGAUGUUUUCACACCCACCCCCGACACAACCCUGAGUAUGGACACACGAGAGAUUAUUAACAUUUUCUUCAAAGAUUUUGCCGGACUCUCUCAUGCUAAGGGUGGGAAAAAACAAGUUUUGUCAACGAUGAAAAGUGUUGUGGAGAGCCUCGUUGUCAAGCAUGAAAUCGCGUAUAAAGGUAUGAUCACGCGUCUGAAUCUGGAGGAGAAAGGAGAUGAUGUGAGCUUCGUCAAGUAUGUAGCAAAGGAGAUCUUCAGCGACGGCAUCACUAACUGGGGUCGUAUUGCCAGCUUGCUGGCUUUCGGGGCACUGGUGUGCAAGUAUCAAAAUGACAGAGGACAGAGCCAGUGUGUGAGUCUCAUGGGGGAAGAGAUCUCUUCCUAUCUUCUCUCAGCCCAACGGGACUGGCUGCUAAAAAACAAUGCAUGGGAUGGUUUUGUGGAAUUUUUUCAUGUCCCAGAUACAGAGGCAGCUGUGAGAAACGCACUGAUGGCCAUUGGUAGUGUGGCUACUUUGGGAGCUGCACUUGCCUUUUGGAUACGGUGAAUCGUUUUGGAUUUUUUUUUAGCAAUUUUGAAAAACUAAAAGGAUUCAGGACUUCAAACAAAGACAUUUCUAAAGAGAUAAAAGUCUUUGUUGUCUGUGAAAAUAUUGUUCUUCAAAACAUUCAUAGCACCUGUAUAUAAAAUCUGGUGAACUAUUUUUUUAUGAAAAUGUAAAAUCCUUUUCAGCUGUGCACAUCUGAAUUGCUGACCUGCCAGAAGACUCUUUCAGUGCCAGUUGUUAAUUGUUUAAUGUUUACACAAGAAUUACAUUACAUUACAUUAAUUUCAGAAUUCUAUGUGUUCUGUUCACAAUUUUAUUUUUUUUUUUUUUAUCCCAAAUUAUCUUUUGAAAGACUAUCAUAUUUUAAAACUCACAAGGGUCUUGUGGCAAGAACUAGCCAUAGCGAAUGCCUGAAAGAUUGUGUAAUAACACUUUUUCCUGAUGACACUUUCAUAUUCUAAAAUGGAAUCUUUGUUCUAUAAUGUAAAUAAUGUAUAAUAAUUAGUUUAAUCUACACACAAUGUUUAAUUUAGAUCUGAGGUUUCAUCGACAUCUGGCUUUACCUGAUAAAUAAGUCUUAAAGGGCUCUUUAUCUGAAUGUUGGUUUUGUUUUGAGUCCUUCGAGCUUGAUUAAUUGUUCUAAAGAAAAAACUCAUGUGGGACUAUGAUAGCAAUUUAUAGCCACAAAAGGCUGCUAAACAUAAAUUUUCUUUAGCUUGGAUUUGACAUUCUGGAUCAUAUAUAUAUAUUAUAAAGAGAAACAUAUUUUGAUACACAUGCAUUUAAUAUGCUAAUAUAUGUCACUCAAUUUUUGAAUAUGCUGUUAAUUGAAUUCUGCACAUUAAACCAAGCAGCUGAUA